AUGGAGUCAACGAUUUGCAUGAAUGAGCUUUGUCGUGGCGCGACGUCGUCGUCUGAGUGGAAGAAAGGAUGGAGCUUGAAAUCAGGUGGAUUUGCAAAGCUUUGCUACAACUGCGGAUCUGCUUAUGAAAAUGUAGCAUUUUGUGAAAUGUUCCACCUAGAUGAAUCCGGUUGGCGCAAAUGCAGAAUUUGUGGAAAGCAUAUUCACUGUGGGUGCAUUGCUUCGAAAUAUUUGUAUGAAUACAUGGACUAUGGAGGCAUAGGAUGUGUAAGCUGUGUAAGUCGUUUGGGAAAUCAUGCCUUGAGAUCUGUACAGCCACUUGGUGUUGAAAAUAGAGUGGAUGCUAGUAAUUCUGCAAAGGGAAAGCUUCUGAAAUUUAGCAAUGCAGUGGAGACUUGUGAAUCUGUGCAACACUUGGGAACUUGGGUUGAUGACAACAUUAAACAAGAAAAACGCAAACUGUCUGGUAGCCAAGUGGAGACAUGCUUGCCAAAUUUGAAUGCGUGUGAAUCUUUUGAUCAGCCAUCGAAUUUCUCGUUGAACACUCCUGUCAAUUGUUCAAGCUCGUUUAAUGGAGGAAGGGAACAGAACAUGGUUUCUCCACUCCAUCAAGGGCAGAGUGUACACCAUAUGCUCCCCAAGCAACCCAAAGCUAGCCAAAACAAUGACUCCAAAUCGAAGGGAGGAGCAAAAACACAGACCAAUAUUGUGAGGCCUCCUGCCGAAGGGCGUGGGGGCCGGGCUCGGUUACUGCCUCGAUACCAGUCUAAGAUUACAGAUCAAGAACUGCAGCAAAUAUCUGGAGACUUGAAAUCAACUGUUGUACCACUGUUCGAUAAGGUUCUCACCGCAAGUGAUGCUGGUAGAAUUGGUCGCCUUGUCCUUCCCAAAGCGUGUGCUGAAGCAUACUUUCCUCCAAUUGAUCAGUCAGAAGGUCUACCAAUAAAGAUUCAGGAUAUAACGGGGAAAGAAUGGACAUUUCUGUUCAGAUUUUGGCUCAAUAACAAUAGCAGAAUGUAUGUUCUGGAGGGCGUUACCCCCUGUAUAAGGAGUAUGCAAUUACAAGCUGGCGAUACCGUUACAUUCAGUCGAAUUGAUCCCGGGGGAAAAUUAGUUAUGAGUUUCAGGAAGGGGACAAAUAACGGUGACACUCAGGGCUCUCAACAUUCAAACCUUCCAGGUUCUGGUUGUGUUUCUGAUAACCAUACAAAGAAGACACAGAAUAUCGGGUCCAAAAGAAAGAGGUUUCUGAUGCAAGUGGAAGAUGCUAUUGAACUGAGGAUCACAAUGGAAGAAGCACAGGACUUGUUCUGUCCUCCUCCAUCUCUGAAACCGACCAUUCUUACUAUUGACGACAUUGAAUUUGAAGCGUAUCAUGAACCACCAGUUUUCGGGAAGGCAACAAUUUCUGUCCCGGAUGAGAUUAACCAAACAGAACCGGACACUUCUCUAAGAGUUACCAAAGGCUCAAAGAGGCAAAAAGUUAUCACAGAAAAAACAAAUGAUCGCGAGCCUUCUGGCUUAGACGCCUUGAAUACAGAUACAGUUGCAGAAGAUAACACCGGUGGCCUAGGAAAACAUUCAGUUGGCGCCACUACAAAACAUCCUCGGCAUCAUCCUGGCUGUGCUUGCAUUGUCUGCAUUCAGCCUCCAAGUGGGACGGGAAAGCAUCAGCCCAAUUGUGACUGCAACAUCUGCUCGACUUUGAGGCGGAGGCUCAAUACAUUCAAUCAGCGUAAGAAGAAAAGGCAAUCAGACCAUGAAACAGAACUUGCAGUGGGAAAGGACAAGCUACCACCCCAUAAAGAUGCACCAGAAAGGGAUACUGCAAAUGAACCGGGGGCUAUACAUAUGAAUCAUUCAGAAAACAAUAGCGAUCUGAAUAGACAGCGUUAUCCUCCUAUGGAUGUUAGAUCCAGUCAGGGACAAUUGGAUCUCAACUGCCAUCCCAGUUGCGAAGAUGACUUGCUAGUGGAGGUAGAUCAUAUCGAGGUUGAAUGAGCUUUUAGCAGCUUUUGAAUCGCGAUCGAUCCAAGGCAGAAUGGUGUGGCAACUGAAGGGAAGUGUUUACUCUUACAAGCUUCUGGAGAAGGUAAAGCAAACCACCUGGCCUGACUAUAAACAUUAUGCAUGACAAAUAUGCUGAAAUACAGCUACAGAAAAAAAAGGCUGCAGAUUGAUGAUGGGCAAUUUUCCCCAAGACUUUCCAUUGUUUUCUUUGGCAAUUAUAUGUUUUGCACAGUAAUUAUAUAUUCUGUUGCUUAGUGUUUACAGAUUACAACCCUUAUGU